AUGCGCUCAAAGACAACUUCUGUAACCCAAAAAUCUCGUGCUCAAACACCAGAUCGAGCAUCCAAAUAUCAACUUACUGGACCGUCUCCUUUUCGUCCUCGUCCUCGCAUUACCUAUGGUAAAAGUUAUAAGAAUCGAUCGUUACCCAACAGUCCUUUCCGCCACCAGAGUCCUCUAGUUGCAUCGACUUCGACCACUUGCAUGGAAUCUUCAGCUUUAGAUUAUGAAGAUCCAAUCGUAAUCCCUGAUACUCCUCCCUUUAUGAAGGUUCCGGGUCUUUCUGAUUCGAAGGAUACCUCGUCCCCUUCAGUAUUCACAAGGAUCAAGAUGGACGACCCGUGUGGACUCAACAAUGUCGGACCGGAAAUUUGCCUGCAGUCCUCACCCGCACGAUUAACCAGAGCAUUUACGCGAGAAGCGAAGUUGAAAGACGCGCUCGCUCGCUCUGAAGAGAAUCUCAAAGUUGCCCUACAAGAUGCUCAGGACGCCAAGAAUGAGAUCAAAGCUUUCAAAGAGGCGGAGAAAGUCCGCAGCGAAUGUCCUUGUUGCACGCAAGUAAUGUUGCAACCCUUCAUGUAA